AUGUUCAAGGGUACGAACAAGAAGCGGACGAUUACGGCCGUCGUGGCUGCCUGCUCUAGCAUGCUGACGGAAAUGUCGUUUGCUGCCAACACGGUGUUCUUGGCGCAGUUCAACAUCAUGGAUUCCUUCACAGCCACCAUGAUCAAGCGAGCCGUCCUGCUCCUGGGCCCCAUCACCGUCAUGACCUGCAUCGAGCGCCUUGGGCGACGCAAGACCUUUCUCGGCAUGGACUCCCUGUCCGCCUCGUCGCUGCUCAUGAUGGGCGUGCUCGGCGCCAUCCAGCCGGCGUCCGACGGGCUCAAGAGGGGCAUCGUCGCCGUUUACAUCCUGUUUACGUACACCUACAUUGCCUCCUUUGGCUCGAUCAUGCAGAUCGUGCCCUCGGAGAUCUCGCACAUCAGCCUCCGUGACAAGACCUCCAUGGUCUACUGGAUGGUGUCCGACGUUGCCAACUUUGCAGCUACGUUUCUCGCUUCCAUAUCUCCUUUCGACGCCUUAUGCCGCCCUGGCCGCCAAGGUCGCAUUCAUCUACGCCGCCACGAGCGUUUGCCUCCUGGUCUGGGCGUACUUUUGCUACCAUGA